AUGGAGCAGCAGAGACAGAGAGCUCUGUCCACGUCAGGAGAAUCAUUGUACGCGGUUUUGGGAGUCGACAAGAAUGCAACAACUGAGGACAUCAAGAAAUGUUACAGGAAACUGGCAUUAAAGUUUCACCCAGAUAAAAAUCCUGACAAUCCAGAAGCGGCUGAGAAGUUCAAAGAAAUAAACAACGCUCAUGCCAUUUUGAGCGACGGCACCAAGAAGAACAUCUACGACAAGUACGGCUCCCUGGGCCUCUAUGUGGCCGAGCAGUUUGGAGAGGAGAAUGUCAACACCUACUUUGUCCUGUCCAGUUGGUGGGCCAAGGCCUUGUUUGUCUUCUGCUGCUUGUCCACCGGUUGUUACUUCUGCUGCUGCUUGUGCUGCUGCUGCAACUGCUGCUGUGGCAAAUGCAAACCUCGGCCGCCCAUGGACCAGGAGCCUGAAUUCUACGUUUCCCCUGAGGACCUUGAGGCCCAGAUGACGGCCGACGAGAGAGAUGGCGUCAACGAGCCCAUCGUGAUGCAGCCAUCCUCUGCUACAGAAACCACGCAGCUCACCGCCGAGGCCCACCAAAGCUACCGGACUGAUUCAUAUUAG